AACUGAACCUCUUCAAGAACUCAGUUCAAAAUACCCAUACCAAAGGCUUCACGAAUCUUCUGAAAUGUCACCAUCUUUAACGGCUUUGUCAUGAUAUCCGCCAGCUGCUCCUCCGUACUGCAGUAGACAAGCUUCACGACUCCUUCCUUAGUUAAAUCCCUUAGAAAAUGAUAGCGAACCCUGAUGUGUUUAGACCUCCCGUGCAUCACUGCAUUUUUGGACAACUUAAUGGUGGAUGUGUUGUCACAGAACAGCACCAUCUCUCCAUCUUGUUCAUAACCGAUCUCCUGUAGAACCCUCCCCAUCCAUAUAGCUUGACACGCACAUGUUGCUGCUGCCACAUAUUCUGCCUCCGUGGUAGACAAGGUUACAAUAGGUUGCUUUCGUGAGGACCAAGCAACAGCUCCUCCACUCAUCAUGAAGACAUACCCUGAAGUGCUCCUGCUAUCAUCCAAGUCUCCUGCGUAGUCACUAUCAGUGUACCCAACAAGCCCUGCCUUUCCUUCUCUCUUGUACCAGAUACCAUACUCCAUUGUCCCCUUGAGAUAUCGCAUGAUUCUCUUUACUGCAGCAAAGUGUAGUUGUGUCGGAUUGGCCAUGAAGCGACUGAUGAGACUCACCACAAACAUUAGAUCAGGACGAGUUGCAGUCAAAUACAUCAAGCUUCCCACCAUCUGUUUGUAUAGAGUCGAAUCAACCUUCUCACCUGCCUCGUCUCUGCCAAGCUUCUGUCCAGGAACCAUUGGGUUGCAGACAGGAUUGAAAUUCUGCAUUCCAAACCUCUUGAUCACUUCAUCUGCAUAUUUCCUUUGGCAAAUGAAGAUCCCAUCAUCCCUUUGCACCACCUCUAUGCCAAGGAAAUACCUCAUCUUUCCCAAAUCAGUCAUGUCGAACUCCCUUUUCAUGGACAGUUUGAACUUCUCCAGUAGCUCAUCAUCAUUACCAGUGAACAAUAAAUCAUCAACAUAAAUGCUAAUGAUUAAGAUUUUACCUCCAUCUCGCUUGAUGAACAAGGUUUGUUCACUGGUGCUACUUUCAAAGCCUUCUUCGAUGAAGUAGGAUUCAAUGCGACUAAACCAAGCUCGGGGUGCUUGUUUUAGUCCAUACAGAGCUUUGUGUAGUUUGUAGACCAUAUGCUCCUUUCCUACUGCCUCGUAACCUUGAGGCUGCUGCACAAAGACAUUUUCUUUUAGCUCACCAUGCAAAAACGCUGAUUUCACAUCAAGCUGAUAAACUCCCCAGCCUCGUUGUGCUGCCAAGGCAAUGAUCAUCCUCACUGUGUCCAUUCUAGCCACAGGUGCAAAGACUUCAGUGUAGUCGAUCCCAUACUCUUGAGCAUACCCCUUUACCACGAGUCUGGCUUUGAAUUUGUCGAUCUCUCCCAACUCGUUGAGUUUUGUUUUGUAAAUCCAUUUCACACCAAUCGCUUUGGCUCCAGGAGGAAGUGUCACUAAAGACCAUGUCUGAUUCCUUUCAAUCGAUCCCAUCUCUGAAUCCAUUGCUUCCUUCCAUCUUGACUGUCUUAUAGCUUCUUGAAAGCUCGUUGGAUCAGAGAUGACCAUGAACACUGUUGCAAACUCUUCACUUCUUGCCAUAUUUGCCUCGUCUUCAGACAAAUCUUCUCCAGAUGUGUAGUCAGUGUGCCAGACUGGUGGCCUUCUGGUUCUGCCUACUGUUGAUGUGGUAGCUCUCGUUUGAGCUUGGGUUUGUGUUGCUGUUUCUGCAGAGACCCUAUUCUGAGUUUCAGCUUCCUCCACCUCUCCUGCUUCUACUUCUUCUUCUACCUCUUCAUUAUCAGCUUCAUCGUACUCGUACUCAUCUUCCCAUUCGAGUUCCAUGCUCUGUUCAUCUGCGUAAUUCUCAUCCCACUUCCACUUCUUUUCCUCUUCAAAAAUCACAUCCCUGCUGAUAUGACUUUUCUUCUUGAUCGGAUCAAACAUUUUGUACGCUUUUGACUCGCUGCUGUAGCCAAUCAUGACACACUUCACGCUUUUAUCAUCAAGCUUCACUCGUUUGACGUCAGGAACAUGAACGUAUCCUAUGCAACCAAAGAUCCUGAAAUGCUCAACUGAUGGCUUGUUUCCACUCCAUGCUUCUUCCGGGGUCAUAUCUUUCACGAUCAUGGUAGGAGAUCGAUUAAGAACAUGAUUUGCCCAUUGUACUGCAUCUGCCCAGAAGCUUUUUGGUACUUCCUUCUCCAGUAAGACAGCUCUCACCAUGUUCAUGAUUGUUCUGUUCUUGCGCUCAGCAAUGCCGUUUUGCUGUGGAGUGUAUGCAGUGGUCAGCUGUCGCUUGAUUCCGUGUUCCUUACAGUACUCCUUGAACUCGGUGGAGUUGUACUCUCCUCCUCUGUCGGUUCUUAGACACUUGAUGAAGUUGCCAGUUUGCUUCUCUACAAGUGCCUUGAACUCCUUGAAGGUUUGAAAAGCCUCUGAUUUUUCUACCACAAAAUAGAUCCACGUUUUUCGUGAGAAGUCAUCAAUGAAGCUUAUUAAGUACCUCUUCUGGUUGUUUGAUGGUGGACUGAUCGGACCACACAGAUCAGAGUGGAUGAGUUGGAGUUUCUCUGUUGAUCUCCACUUGCUCUGUUUUGGGAAUGGAACUCGGUGAUGUUUGCCUUUGAUACACGCCUCGCAACUGAUCUUCACUUGUCCAAUGUCUGGCAGACCGAUCACCAUCUCCUUCUUGCGCAGAGUUGAGAGUCCUUUGUAGCUGAGGUGUCCAUAACGAUGAUGCCAGAGCUCUUCUUUAUCUGCUACAUCGACUUGCAGACAUCUUUCCUCCUUAGUCUUGUCAUCCACUUCACUCAUCAGUAUGAACAUACGAUUAGCACUCAUGACAGACUCUGCUAUCUUCCCUCUUGAGGGAUGAAAGAUGCUACACGUUCUUUGCUCUCCUCCUUUGAACAGUACGUCCAGACCCCUCUCUUGAAGUUGCCCAACACUCAGCAGGUUGUUCUUCAACUCUGGAACAUAGUACACGUCGUUGACUACGUAGCUUACUCCUCCAAACGUUAUCUUCACCACUCCUUUGCCACCAACUAUCAGCUUGUGAUUGUUCCCCAGCUUGACGUUAUGCGUAAACGCCGUGUCCAAACUUGAGAACAUGCUUCUCUCUCCACACAUGUGAUUCGAGCAUCCAGAGUCCACAAACCAAACAUCUCCUCUUCUGGUUCCUUGCAGUUCGACAUAUGCCAUGAGAAGAACUUCAUCCUUUUCUUCAAGCUCUGCAAAAUGUGCUCCAUUGUUCCAGUUUGGACAUUCGUUUUGGAAAUGUCCAAGCUUGUGGCAGUUGUAGCAUUCAAUCGUUGCCUUAUUGAAAGAACGCCCUCUGCCCCUACCACGACCUCUGUAGGAUCCUGAUCCUCUGUAGGAUCCUCUACCUCUUCCUCCCACAUUGAGAGCUUGAUCUUCUUCUUCAAGACUGCUCCUUUUAAACUUCUUCUCAUGAACGGACAAUGAACUCUGUAGUUCAUCGAUCGUCAUACUCCCAGUGUCUUUGGACUCCUCAAUAGACACAACCACAUAAGUGAAUUUGUCUGUCAGAGUUCGAAGUAUCUUCUCAACAAUCUUCGAAUCCGGCAUGUCUUCCCCAUUGCUUCUCAUCUGGUUGGACACCGUCAUUACUCUUCUGAAGUAAUCAUCAAUGCUCUCAUCGUUCUUCAUGAUGAGAACCUCAAAAUCUCUCCUCAAGGUUUGAAGAAGAGACCGCUUCACUCUUUCAUUACCUCCAAAUUUCCUUUUCAUCGAUUCCCACACAAUCUUGGAUGUUUUGCGAUCCAAGAUCUGUUCAAACACGACCCGAUCAAUUGCCUGGAACAGGUAGUGCUUGACUUGAUGAUCCUUCAUCUUCAGCUCCUCAAGACUCUUCUGCUGCGCUGCAGUUGUCUCGACCCCUGCUGCCGGCUCGAUGAAACCUUCCUCCACUAAACUCCACAACCCCUUGGCUCGCAAGAGAUUCUCCAUCAAUUCACUCCAAUGAUCGUAGUGACCAUCAAAAUGAGGGAUCUUGGUAAGUGUCUUGUCCUCGCUCAUCUUCUCUCUUUUGAUCACUUUGAUUUGUGUUUUGCUCUGAUACCAAAUGUAAUUGCAAGUAUAGAGACAAUACAAAACUGCACUGAAAUGAUCUACGUUUAUUCAUACCCUUCCAAUACGUUUUAUAGUAAUACAAAGCUGAAGCAAAUAACUGAAACAACGACAACUAAGGACACGACCCCAACUAGCUCAACUAAUAAGCUAAAAAAAACGGAAACAACUUUGACUCAAUCUAAGACAGAGAACAAGUCUCUUUUAUUCCUAAACUUAAGGAACACGCAACAACUCCUAACAGCUUCUCAACAGAAAGAACACUGAAGAAAACGUCAGUGGUGUGCUUGCAAAGUGCUUAAGGAGCGAACACUUUGUCUUAAAGAAGGAAGCUGCGUGGGUGUUAUCUAAUAUAGCCUCGGGAUCUAUUGAACACAAGAGAAUGAUACAUUCUAUGGAAGCAAUGCCCUUGUUGAUAGGGCUUCUUACCACAUCACCCUUUGACAUAAGGAAAGAAGUUGCCUACGUCUUGGGAAAUCUGUGUAUAGAAUCUGCGGAAGGAGACACAAAACCAAGGAUAAUUCAAGAGCACUUGGUCUCCAUUGUCAGUGGCGGUUGCCCCCGGGUUUUAUUAACCUGGUCAGGUCUCCUGAUAUUGAAGCUGCUAGGCUUGGUCUUCAGUUCAUUGAGCUGGUAAAGCAACUAACGGAAUAGUCUUAAACGCUCAGUUUUGAGAGGAAUGCCAAAAGGAGAAGGUUCAAAGCUUGUGGAAGGAGAAGACGGCAUAGAUGCAAUGGAGAGGUUCCAGUUCCAUGAAAACGAAGAGCUAAGAGUCAUUGCAAACAGUCUUGUCGAUAAAUACUUUGGUGAAGAUUGUGGAAUCGAUAAAUGAAAUCGCCUCGGAGUUGAGAUCAUUAAGGCUAGGAUUCUUUUUUGGGUUGUGUUGUUGUUGUAAUAACAUGUGCAAUACAGUUUGUCUCGCUAAGUGGGUUUUUCUGUAUUAAUGUUUCAAGCAGGCCAAUGAGUGCAAGAGUAGUAAACUAAGAUAAAUGAUAAAUGUUACUCCCUCCGUUCCUGAAAGUUAGGGUUCCAACGAUGUCUGGUCAGGAGGAUUUACUGUUGGCGACAAGACAUCAGAUACUGAUGGAGAACCAUGAGAGCCUGAAGCAGGAUUACGCGAGUCUGGAGCAAAGGUGUAAGCUUGUGGAAGAAAUGAAUGCGAUAAAUCUGCGCUUGCUCAAGGACGAGAGGGAUAGAAACGCCGGGAAGGAUGAUGGGAACAAGGAGAUGGUUGAGAAACUCGAGGCCAGGAACGAGGAGCUUUUGCUUGUGUUGGAGAAACAAGAGGAGGAGCUGAGGAAGAGGGAGAGCAAGUAUGAGGAGUUCCAAAAGAGAUUUGUUGAGAUUGAAAAGGAGUGUUCGGUUUUAAAAUCGCUCUAUGAUGAUGAUGGUGCUAAGAAACUCAAUAAUGUGGGUUUGGAAGAUGAGGUCUUUGUGGUGAAUCACAACAACAACAACACAGUGGCUGAUCCGAUUGUGCUCAGUGACGAGAGUGAUGCUGAGAAUGAUAGUCGUCCCACAAGAGAGAGCAACAUACACACUCCCUUGCCUGUUGUUGUAAAACAAGAAGAAGAAGAAGAAGGCAGCAAUGGAGUAAACUCAUCACAAGUGAAGCAUCCACCAUCAGCAUCAUCAAAAGUGAAGCGUCCAUCAUCAUCAUCAAAAGUGAAGCGUCCAUCAAGCUCCUCCUCCUCCUCAUCAUCAGAUGAUGUGUAUCUUGUUUCGGUUAAAAGGUCCCGGGAUGAUGAUUUUAACAAGACGUUGUAGAAGUCGUCUGAUGCAAAGAACAAAAAGUGAAUUUGAAGUUGCUCUUUUAUCAAUAUUAAUGUUUUUUUUUGUUAGUUUUAACAAUAUGGAGGAGCUAGACUGCUAGAGCAUUGGAUGUAAGUUUCUACUUAGACCGUAUAUAUAUGGAGUAUUCGGCUUGAUAUCUAUAAUCUGCUUUCUAGUC